AUGUUAAUAAAAGAGUACCGCAUUCCCCUGCCGUUGACGGUCGAGGAAUAUAGAAUAGCGCAACUGUAUAUGAUUGCGAAAAAGAGCCGCGAAGAGAGCAGCGGAGCCGGCAGUGGAGUCGAGAUUAUCGUGAACGAACCAUAUCAGGAUGGACCGGGCGGUAAUGGGCAGUAUACGCGGAAAAUCUACCAUGUUGGAAGCCAUCUGCCCGGCUGGAUCAAGGGGCUGCUGCCGAAGAGUGCGCUCACGGUGGAGGAGGAAGCCUGGAAUGCUUACCCGUACACGAAGACACGCUAUACCUGUCCGUUCGUGGAAAAGUUCUCGCUCGAGAUCGAGACGUACUACUUCCCGGAUAAAGGCCACCAGGAUAACGUGUUUAAGCUGAGUGGAGCGGACAUGCGGAACCGCAUCGUCGACCUGAUCGACAUCGUGAAGGAUCAGCUGUAUGGGGCGGAUUACACGCGAGAUGAAGACCCCACCGUGUACUGUUCGGAGCGAACGGGCCGUGGACCACUGAGCGAGUGUUGGCUGGAUGAGCACUGGGAUGAGGUCCAGGGCAAGCAACAACCGACGGCCAGGAACAUGUCGCUCAUGUGCGCCUAUAAGCUGUGUAGGGUGGAGUUCCGCUACUGGGGCAUGCAGACAAAGUUGGAGAAGUUCAUCCACGACACCGCACUACGCAAGACGAUGUUGCGGGCACAUCGGCAGGCGUGGGCCUGGCAGGAUGAGUGGCAUGGUCUGUCGAUGGAUGACAUCCGGGAGAUCGAACGUCAGACGCAGCUGGCACUGAAGCGUAAGAUGGGCAACGAAGAUGCCGGCGACGAGCAGGAGGGAGAUGGUGAGGGCACUGAUGCCAAAUCAGCGCCAGAACACGACAACCGUAGCGCCAAUCAGAUCUACUCGAUCGAGAAGACGAACGAGAACUCGACCCCGCACAUGGACAAGAAGGAACCGAUUCCGGUCAUCACCACCACGGUGGAGGGGGAGAGUGGUGUCGUGGCCACGGCACGGCGGUAUCGCAAGGAGAAAGCCAAACCGUCCGCAGGGCAGAGCUCUGACGAUGAUGAGUCGUUGGACGAGAAGCAGCUGUCACGCCGCCAGAAACAGGCUGACGACGACGACGAGGAAGAGGACGAGGAAGACGACGAGGAGGAGGACGAAGGCGAGCGAGUCAGGGGUCGCGGACAACCGCAGGGUGCGUUCUUGCGCAAGCAGAACAACACGGGGUCGAAAAGUAAGCUCCACUCUCCACUGGGAUCUGCGCACAGCUUCGACCUUCAGGUGGCCAACUGGCGGAUGGAGAAGCUAGAGGUGGACUCCAAGUCCGGCUCGGAGGAGGAGUUCUUCGACUGCCUUGGUGAUAUGGGCGAGAAGGCGUCUCUGGUGAAGUGGAGCUCACUGGAACUGCUGGCCGAAGAGGAUGACAGCCCACAGCUGGCACCGAACCACAAACACCAGGAGGACAGCAUCUUCAGCCAGUCGUACCUGCAGCGUGUUACGUCCGAGCGUGGUACCAGGCGUUCCUUUCUGGGGCAUCACUCCUCCAGCAUCGAUCGAGGCAAUCACGACUCACCACCAGGUUCGCCUGGAUUGCCCUCUUGCCCGACGACGGUGUUGAUCCUGAUCAUGCACGCUGGAAGUGUACUGGACGUCACCUCCGACAUGACGACGAAGAAGUCCGACAUCACCACGUUCCGGGGUGCUCUAGAGUCGGUGAUGCGUCAGCACUAUCCAUCGCUUGUUGGGCACGUCGCACUUCGUCUUGUGUCCUGUCCGGCUGUCUGCUCAGACGCGCUUGGGAUCCUGUCCAGCUUGAGCCCGUACUCCUUCAACACCUCGCCCUCUGGUGUGGAUGUCCCGAACCUAGCGGACGUGCCGAUUGGCGCCAUACCGCUGCUGGCGACGUGUUCACCUGAUUUCCAGGAGUCUGUCAGUCGAGCUGUGUCCUGCGCUAACCAGACGUUCGCGGAUUUUCUCAAGUCUGACGAAGGUCGUGGCUUUAACGGACAGGUGGUGUUGAUCGGUGACUCUAUGGGUAGCGUGUUAGCGCACGACGCCCUCUGUCGUUCAAAUACUCAUCAAGGCAGUGAAGCGUCAGGGUUGAACCACAUCGCGGACUUCGUUGCUGACGUUGCUUCAAGUGAUCUGGACGCCACGAAGCUGUUGACUGCACCCUCUCCACGUCGACGUUCAUCCUCUACGAGUGAAUCGCGCGUGCCCAAGUUCGAUUUCGAAGUGGGUGACUUCUUCAUGUUCGGAAGCCCUCUCGCGGUGAUCCUGUCUGCACGCCGGCUCUCGGACAGCCGAGCUGGUGCUACUGGCAAACCGGCUUGCACGCAGUUGUACAACCUGUUCCACCCAACAGAUCCUACAGCGGCUCGACUUGAACCCUUACUCAGCGCUCGUUUCUCACUAUUACCACCUGUGAACGUGCCACGUUAUGCGAAGUACCCGCUUGGGAACGGACAGCCCUGUCAUCUGCUUGAGCUGAUCCAAUCGAGCCCGCAGCUGUUCGCCGAUGGAGGUCCUCUUCCGACGCCUCGACGUCUCUCAGACACCUCCAUCCAGAGUGCGGCUUCUGGCAUGAUCGACAACGUUCCACUGACCACGAUCAACCAACUACAGCAACGCUGGUGGGGCUCGAAGAGGCUCGACUAUGCGCUCUACUGCCCAGAUGGACUCAGCAACUUCCCAUCUCACGCGUUACCACAUCUGUUCCACGCCAGCUACUGGGAGUCGAGUGAUGUGGUUGCGUUCCUGUUGCAGCAGAUCGGUCGAUUGGACGAACCGGGCGGUACCGGAUACGGAUGUGACCGAGACGUAUCUAGCUUCCGGCCGGCGCAACCUCGUGAAAAGUGGAACAAAAAGCGCACCUCUGUGAAGCUAAAGAACGUAGCUGCCAACCAUCGGGCAAACGACGUGAUCGUGCGUGAGGGUGAACCGCAGCGAUUGCUCGCCAGGUUCAUGUACGGACCACUGGACGUGAUCACGCUCGCAGGUGAACGAGUUGACAUCCACGUGAUGCGAGAUCCACCUGCCGGCGAGUGGCAGCUACUGUCCACUGAGACGACCGACAAAACGGGCCGUGUCAGCUAUAUCGUGCCGGAAGAGCAAGCGUGCGGGUACGGCAUCUUCCCGGUGAAGAUGGUCGUACGAGGUGAUCACACCUCGGUGGACUUCUACAUCGCGGUUGUGCCACCACGCACCGAGUGCAUCGUGUUCAGCAUCGACGGUUCAUUUACGGCGUCGGUGUCGGUGACUGGGAAGGAUCCGAAGGUGCGAGCAGGCGCUGUUGACGUGUGCCGCCACUGGCAGGAGCUGGGCUAUCUGCUGGUGUACAUCACCGGUCGGCCUGAUAUGCAGCAGCAGCGCGUACUGUCCUGGCUGAGCCAGCACAACUUCCCGCACGGGCUGGUCUCGUUCGCUGAUGGGUUGUCGACAGAUCCGCUCGGGCAUAAGGCUACCUACCUGAAUAAUCUCAUCCUCAAUCAGGGCCUGAUCGUGCACGCUGCAUACGGUAGCAGCAAGGACAUCAGCGUGUACACCAGCAUCGGGCUCAAACCGAAGCAGAUCUUCAUCACGGGCAAGGUGAGCAAAAAGCUGCAAUCGAUGGCGACUCCACUCACGGAUGGGUACGCUGCCCAUCUCAGCUCGCUGAUGACGGUUGGUGGCUCACGGCCGGCACAAGGCAACGCACGGAUGGUGAUUCCUCGGAGUUGCUUUAAUCUGCCCGGCCAAAAUCAAUCCAUCCGCCGCCGAAGGUUUGUGCCGGGUUAGACUGUUCGUUCAUGAAUCUCAAGCUAAGCCGUUAUAAAAUACCCAAACCAAUCAAAAAACCAACCAAGGUACCCCCGAGCGAGGGUACAGGCACCUGUUACCUAGACUAUCCUUCCUUAACAACAACAAAAAAAAACACUCCAUGCCAAAAACGAAAAGCAAGUGAAAGCAACCAAAUACCAUGCGAAAUGUUGAACAACAAUGUCGAAUUAUGUCGAAAAACAUACAUAUGUACUAUUUAAGGGUGAAGAAACAAUCCCGUAUCAGCAUAAUCGAGCGGCCGAAGGAGCAGAGAACAAGAAGAAGAACAAGAACAAGAUAUUCCCUAGUGUGUAAGACCGUUAGCAGCAUCGCACCGUUGUGACGUAUCAGUGUAGGAUGGCAACGCUAGCACUAAACUAUAAGAUAUGAGCAGACUUGCAUUUGUCUAUGAGAUCUGUCACGGCACAUCUGUCAGGUGUUUAGUAGCGAAACUCUCGCUCUGUGUGUGUGUCUCUCUCUCUCUCUGUCUCUCCUUUCCACUGUCUCUCUAGUGAGAAUAUCAUCUCGGAUAAGCGGCCACUACUCCGCACUGCCCAGUGACCCGUGAGCUCGCCAGUAACAGAUAGCAAUAACCUACUAAUCCCUGCUCCCCAAAAAAGGCAAGGUAUACCAUUCCACUACCCACUACCUGUCAUUUUGACACUUUGCGCGGGAUAGAACCGGCAACCGGAAAGGGACUUCUUCUAGCUACUCAUCAACAAGUCCCCCUCUUUCCACCCUCUCUCACUGUUGUUACGAACACACGAGUCUACACAUACUCACUAACAGCAACACACACGAACUCAAACACACACACAUACACACAUACACUCACAAUGAGGCAGCAUGGCGCUUGCUGGACGACAGUGUGCGCGCUCUAGGCGAAUGGUUGCAGCCAUUGUUAAAAAAAAGGAUUUCCAUACAAUAUUCUAUUUUGUCACAUGGUACCUGGCUUAGAAGACUGUCUCUUACCGGCUGUAAAGAAUUAAAGAAAAAGUUGAAAAAAAAUGAUGAAACAUAAAAUAGACGAAAAUUGAGUACAUAAAUAAUGAAACCAAAAAUAGGAGGGAACCGUUUGAAAACCGUUUAUAAUUAACCUUGUUAUUAAAAGAGGAAAAAGAAGGAAGACGAAAAAAAGUAUUGUUGAGCCUUAUCUCGGUUUGUGUUUUCACAAUAUUAAUAAAAAAAAAGAAGAUGAAAUCAAUUCAAUGUUCUGAUAUACAAGUACGUAACCUGUUUUGAGUUGGUAUUUUUAAGUAAGCUAGGCCAAGGCAGGACGAGUUCGGAACAAAUUUGAAACAAACAAGAACAAAACCCACGCAAAAUGCGCACCUAUUACUAAAUAUAUACAUAUAUUACAUAUACCGUGGGAUAGGCGUAGGGCCGACGUCCGCCUGGUUGGGUGAUGGGCAAGGAAACCGUUGAAAUAAUAUAUACAUAUAUACAUCAGUAGUUCAUAUUAUACAAGAGUCAACCAAUGUUCGUAGCUCGAGGCAAGGUCCGUAGCCACAGCUGUGUUGUAGCGCAGGGACAGGGCAGCCGCCCCCUGCACUCCCCCUUUACCCCCACCCACAACCCUUGGUGGGGGGUGCUGCCCUGCAUAAAGCAAUGGGCGCCAGAACUCGCCGAUGAGGCCCCAAAAGAUAGGGAAAUAAAUUCUAAACUUGAUGUUUCUAAUUGUUAACGAUGAGCGAUAACGCGAUGGAUGUAUGUGUGUGUGUGUGUGUGUAGUAAUUGUAGGUGUUAGCGGGCAUCGACGCCUAAAGCAGAAUAGAAAAUGGGGAAAAGGAGCAAGUAAACCAACAAAAAAAAGAUAUAAUAACGCAUUGGUGUUGAGUGGAAAACCAAAAAAUCAAACAAACGUGCAAAGCGACAUAAUCCAGAAAUGUUAAAUCAAAUUAAUCAUUAAACGAAAACACGUAAAGCAUACUUGGUAUAGUAACCGGAACUAAUCCUGUCGAAAACGCCCACUUUCUUUCCCCCGUAUUGGAACACUACACAUCAACAUGCACGAGCGCGCGCGAGUGAUUUCGAACUUUUCAAAAGGCUGUCAAGCGAAAGCGUUAGUCAUAAUAUUAUUGUGGUAUCAUGUUCGUGUAAAGCAAACCAAAACAUUUGAAAAAAAAAACACACACACACGCAAUCCCCUGUUCUCACGAGCACCUGGCAGCAAGCGUUAUAAACGCUGCGGUCCUUGUGCCGUUCCUUGCAGCAGGAUCGUAGGCGCGUCCGGCCGAGACAGGACGAGUGAGAAUGCUCCCAGCAGGGCGUCCAACAGCACUGACAACCUCGGUUCUUCUGUUUGUCGUUUAGUUGACGUUCGCUAACGCCCUCGCAAGAUGGCGACCUUAUAAAAACUGACGAGUGAUAGCAGGACUGCUCCCACGUAUACUAGCCAUUCGAUGACGUAUGACGUCGCCAAACUCGAUCUCCCUCACAAUUCCCACCCUCCCCCACAUUAGCAUGUUCACAAUAAAUCGCAGCGAUAGAACUUACUUCCAACACGAACACGAGCAAGAAAAAAAAGUAUAUUACAUUGACUGGACAAUCUUUGACUAUGAUCAAAAUAACAAGAUGAAAAAAAACAAGGAUAGGUUGUAAGCGGGAUAAGGCAGCACGUAAAUGUUACGAAAACGGAUGAUCGCAAAUAAUUUCAACUAUAUAUCAGUGCAUCGUUAGCCGUGCUCGUUGGAUGCGCUCGCGCCGCGGAUACAACCUACAAUCGAAGAUUUCAGCUGAAACUUGGCUAUACUAAGCGAUACUAUGAAUCAGUUGCUUAAUCGUAAAAAGUGAUGUAAUUGCUUGUAAAUUAAUAAAAAAUAAAAU